AUGGUCAAAGCUGAGUAUCCGACACUUAAAAUGAAUAUGAUGAACCUAAACAGUGAAACGAUGUUCGCUCUUUCUGCUCGGACACCAUUAAAAUCAAACUUUUCGAUAAGUUCAAUUCUACCUGAGACUAUGCAAACGUCGCCUUCACAGUCACCUUCACCAUGUCACACUCCAAUUGGAUCAGAGCCUGAAGAUUUAACUGAUACAGAGUCAGACUUAGAUGUAACUGGCACUCCACCGCCUCAAAUCAAUGAAUGCAAUAACACAAAUGAUAGCCACGAAACUUGUAGUAAUAAAGAUAAGUCGUUAGAGGAUUGUGAAACCAGCAGCACAAGUGACGAGAAGAAAGAUUCGAAUGAUGGAAAAAAGUCGAAUGAAAAGCCGAGUUAUUCAUACAAUGCUCUCAUUAUGUUGGCAAUCAGACAAAGUCCUGAGAAAAGACUGACACUUAAUGGAAUUUAUGAGUACAUCAUGAAAAACUUUCCUUAUUAUCGUGAGAAUAAGCAAGGCUGGCAAAACUCCAUUCGUCAUAAUCUUAGUUUGAAUAAGUGUUUUGUAAAAGUUCCACGUCAUUAUGACGAUCCUGGUAAAGGCAAUUACUGGAUGUUGGAUCCAUCAGCUGAAGAUGUCUUCAUUGGUGGAUCAACUGGAAAACUAAGAAGACGAUCGACAGCAGCUUCAAGAUCCCGUUUGGCAGCUUUCAAACGGUCACUAGUUGGUCCCAUGUUUCCAUCUCUUGGAUAUCCACAAUUUGGUCAAUUUUUGUAUCCUUCACCAGCAGCAGCGCUUGCACAAAUGUAUAGAUAUGGACCAUAUGCACCACAAAUUGCACCAAAACCUGCCUUACCACUUCCUUUACCUCUUGGUGCUGGUUUCGGGAUUGAUCUUGUUGAAUUGUGCAAAUUUAUUAUGCAACUGUUGAAUUUAGUGCAAACAAAUUACCAGUGUGGAAGCUUUUCUAAAGCAAAUCAAUAG